CCGGACACCCGGACAGAGCAAAGGUGAGGCGGCCCGGGACUCGGACGCCAUGAGGCUGCUGGUCCUCGCGGGACUGCUGGGAGCCCUGACCGCCGCAUCCUCGGACCCCAAGGCACCUGAGCCCGUGUUUGGGCGCCUGGCGUCCCCUGGCUUCCCGGGGCCGUACCCCAAUGACCAGGAGCAGCGCUGGACCCUGGCGGCGCCCCCGGGCUACCGCCUGCGCCUCUACUUCACCCACUUCCAGCUGGAGCUCUCCUACCUGUGCGAGUAUGACUUCGUCAAGCUGAGCGCCGGGACUCAGGUACUGGCCACGCUGUGUGGCUGGGAGAGCACCGACACGGAGCGGGCGCCGGGCAACAGCAGCUUCUACUCGCCCGGCCCCAGCCUGGAGGUCACCUUCCGCUCCGACUACUCCAACGAGAGGCCCUUCACAGGCUUCGAGGCCUUCUACGCAGCCGAGGACAUCGAUGAGUGCCACGUUCCCCCCGGAGACGCGCCCCGCUGCGACCACCACUGCCACAACCACCUGGGCGGCUUCUACUGCUCCUGCCGUGCGGGCUACGAGCUCCACAAGGACCAGCGCACCUGCUCAGCGCUGUGCUCAGGCCAGGUUUUCACUGCGAGGUCCGGGGAGCUCAGCAGCCCGGAGUACCCAGAGCCGUACCCCAAACUCUCCAGCUGCACCUACAGCAUCCGCCUGGAGGAGGGCUUCCGCCUCAGCCUGGACUUUGUGGGCUCCUUUGAUGUGGAAACGCACCCAGAAGCCCAGUGCCCCUACGACUUCCUCAAGAUUCGCACAGGCCACCAGGAGCACGGCCCGUUCUGUGGGACGACACCGCCCCGCAGAAUCGAGACUCAGAGCAACACGGCCACCAUCACCUUUGUCACGGAUGACUCUGGGGACCACACAGGCUGGAGGCUCCACUACACCAGCACGGCCCAGCCAUGCCCUGAUCCGAGGGCGCCACCUAAUGGCCGCAUUUCACCAGUGCAGUCCCAGUACAUCCUGAAGGACAGCUUCUCCGUCUCCUGUGAGACUGGCUACGAGCUUCUGCAGGGUUCUUUGCCCCUGAAGUCGUUUGUUGCGGUCUGUCAGAAAGAUGGAUCUUGGGACCGGCCCAUGCCCCAGUGCAGCAUUGUAGACUGCGGUCCUCCUGAUGAUCUACCCAAUGGCCGAGUGAACUACAUCACGGAGCCUAACGUGACCACUUACAAGGCUGUGGUGCAGUACAGCUGCAGAGAGACCUUCUACACCAUGAAGAGCAACCACAGCAAAUACGUGUGUGAGGCUGAUGGAUUCUGGACGAGCUCCAAAGGAGAGAAAUCCCUCCCAAUCUGUGAGCCCGGUAAUGGACCCAUUUAUCCCUCCCCCCUCCCCCCAGCUUCCUAAUUGGCCAGGGGGGAGGGGGAGGGCUUUCGCUGUGGUAGGCAGAAAUGGAACUUGGG